UAUUACAACACGGUGUUGUGCAAAAACUCACGUUACUAGGGUAGUCUAUAAGUGUUUGUUAGUGUACAUAUUAUCACACGGUGUUGUGCAAAAACGCACAUCAUAAGGGUACCAUAAAGGUGUAUAUAUUACUACAUAGUGCUGUGCAACAACGCACGUUAUUAAGGUGUCACAUAUUCGUACCUAUUGCUACACGGCGUGGUGCUAUAACGCACAAUCUUAUAUCACGGUAGUGUGCUAAAACGCACAUUGUAUUAUCACAUAUUUGUUACAUGCUAGUGUUAUACUAGUAUAUAAGAUUACACGGUGGUAUACCAUAACGCACAUCUUUAUUAGAUCACAAGGGUAUUUGACAAUAAGAUUUUUUACAUAGUGUUGAGUUGGAUAUCCACUCAGUAUUAACACAAGAUGGCGCACUACAUGUCUCAUGAAGAGUUGGAACAACAGUCUAGGACAGCUGAGGAACUUAUAGAUAAAAUGUCUGAAGUACUACAUGUAAAUAACUCAUUGAGAUUUACUGAUGAGGACAUCAAUAAUGGUGUAACCAAGCGUCACUUAAAGGAAACAGAAAACAAACGUCUCAGGGAGAGUCUUGGCGAUAUCGAACGUGAAAACCAGAAGUUGUUGGCCUCCAUUGAUGACGUAUAUGCAGAAUAUGAAACCAGAAAAUCCGAGCUGGAGCGCCUUAUCAAAGAGAAAGAACAAGAACAUACACAAAGGAAACAACACUAUGCCAACUUAUUGAAUAGGGAUCGAGAUACAAUAUAUGGAAAUACAACUGAGAAACUUAAGCAACCAACAGGAAUAUCUGCAAAUGCCACCCUCUUAGACAUAUCACGAGUCAGAAAAAACAAUGAUGUCCUUCCUACAGUUGGAAAUUUCAAUACAUCCACUCCAACAACCAAACCAGUUGCACCUGUGAAACAAUACUACAAAGAGCCAAAGAUCAACAAAUUCAUUGGAAAAGAACAAAAUAUAUAUGACUGGGUAGAUGAUUGUAAACGGGCCUUGAAGAAGAUUCCUGAAGAAGACCAGUAUGAUUAUCUACUCUCACACUUAGAAGGAAUGCCUCGGAAAGAAGCUAAGCUUCUUGGUGAAAUAGCAAAGCCUGAUGAGAUAUUCACCACCCUUCAAAGAGUUUAUGGCAGUAGACAGACUAAACAUUCUGCUCUUCAACUAUUCCUCAACACAAAGCAGAACAAGGAUGAGAACAUAAAAGCCUACAGUCAAAGACUAAUGACACAGCUGGAACUGCUGCAGAACUCCCACGACGAGUUUUUGUGUAUUGACAACACAGAUAGACUUAUCAAAACUCAGUUUGCCAAUGGAGUUUCAUCAGAAGUGAUGCGUCUAAUGUUGUAUGAUAAACUUAAACAACAACCUGCUAUAUCAUUCACAACUCUACGCGAAGAGGCAUUCAUAAUGGAGGAGAAGCAUGAUAGGCAGUCCACUACUACUACAGAUACAUCAAUUAGGGAUAUUAUACAAGACCAAGUAAGGAAAACUCUACAAACUUCAAACUGUACCACUGCUGACUCAGCGCCUACUAGUAUAACAUCUGAUCGUACUUUGUUGAAAGAAUUAGUGAAGGAGGAAAUCCAAAAGGAAUUUCAGAAGGAUGUUAUGACAAAUUACAUCUCCCAGAAGCAAGGUUACAAUCAUCCAGAACAUGGACCAGGAUACUUUGAUACAGACCCCCAUGGCUACAGUAACAGAGGAGACUUCAGUAAUAGAGGAGGCUUCAGUACCAGAGGAGGCUACAAUAACAGAGGAGGCUACAGUAACAGAGGAGGCUACAGUAACAGAGGAGGCUACAGUAACAGAGGAGGCUUCAGUAACAGAGGAGGUUCCAGUAACCAAGGAGGUUUCAAUGAUAGAGGAUACUUCAGUGAUAGUAGAGGGUUCAACAAUCAUGAUGAUACUCGCAACAACUAUGACCAGAAUAGGAUCUAUACAAAUCAGCAUUUUCCCCAUAGAGACUUUGCUCAGAGAGGCUAUGGUGACACAAGGGGUAGAGGUACAUCACAUGGAAACAGAACAUAUCCAGGUGGAAAUGUUACAACUCGUUAUCAGCAAAGAGAUCAAGGUUAUCAAGACUACCCUCAGAAUAAUGGAAAUUCUGGUAACUGGAGGAACAGCAACCAAGAAAAUACUUCCUCAAAUGUUCAAAAAAACUAG